AUGGCCCAAGGAACUCCACGUAAAUUUGCGGAAAAAAUUGCAAUAAUGGAAAGGAAGCAAAAUGAAGAUCAGGAAGUAUUUACCUCUGUUAUGCGUGAUGUACGUGCAAUUACGAGUAAUUGUACCGCUUCCCCACCAGUAUGUUCCAGUCCUCAGGCUCUUGCACCACCGAUACAUUGGAAUCGAUCGGGUGGUUCACUGCCAGAUGUACAUGAAAUGGUACAACAACAACCGGAUGUUCGUAAUUGGCCAUAUUGGCCAGGUUUACCCCAAAUGAAUUCAUCACAUCAUUCACGUGCUCGUACACCUGGUACCACACAUUAUCAUCCAUACAAACCAUCGAAACAACAUGAGCGUUGUUCACCACUUGAUCAUUUCGAUUAUCAACAUUUACAUUAUCCAGCUAAUAAUCAUCUCCAACCACCGGAUAUGUUAUGGCCAAAAGCUCGUAGCGACCCAACAAUAUUCAUGAAUUUUUAUCAACAACAGGAACGACUAGAAAAUUUUAACGUACAAGAUUUAACGGUAUUAUCAUCCAAUCAACUAUCACCAUUAGAGCAGUCAUUAUCAUCACUUCAUUCAGCUACAGAUUCUCUCAAUAGUGGUAUGCAACAAAAGAUUAUUCCUGACGGUAAGGAUAUUGCGGUUGGUUCAUUACAUGAUAUACCAAUACCAAUUGCAUAUCAUCAUCAGACAGUUCCACAACAGCAUAGUGCUGGUUUAUGUCAGACUUUAGCUACUCCACCAUCAUCAUCCGAAUCACAAUCUGCGCCAACAAGUCCAGCUCAAAGUAUUGAAUUACCAGUACCAGCAUCAUGGCCACAACGUAAUUACUCAAAUAGUCCCGAGUCGCGGGAAAUUCCAAAUAUCGUCCUAACGGGUACUGAUGGAGAGCUCGGUUGCUUUCAAGAUUUGCAGGAUUUACAUUUGGAUGCUGGUGAAUUACAACAGUUGCUAAGUAGCGGUGGACAAGUUGAUCCUGCAGGUGAAAUGCAACUUCUUGAGUAA